AGCAAACUUCUCCAGCAGCUGUAGCGGCGGAUCCGAGGAGGAGGAGGAGGAGAGGGAGUGAGACUGCUGGAUGUGGAGCACCGACUGUGGAGCUCCGAGGAUCGUGGGCUUUUAUUUUUUUUACUACGGGACACUUCGGACUUCUCCUUUCUCCUGCAAGAUGCACAACUAACGAGCAGCCAGCAGCCUUUAGAUGAGUGAGGCACAACAAAGCAACCUGAACAUCAAUAGUCCACACUAACCGCGGAACACAGGCAGACACUCAGGAGGGACCUCAGAGACGCACAUUUUCCACUAUGAACCGCGCCUUCAACAGGAAAAAAGAUAAAUCGUGGAUGCACACCCCGGAGGCUCUGGCCAAGCAUUACAUACCCUACAAUGCCAAGUUCCUUGGAAACACGGAGGUUGAGGCCCCAAAAGGCACAGAAGUUGUGAAGGAUGCAGUCAGAAAGCUCAAGUUUCAGAGACAUAUUAAGAAGUCCGAGGGACAGAAGACCCCCAAAGUGGAACUGCAGAUCUCCAUUUAUGGUGUGAAGAUACUCGACCCCAAGACAAAAGAUGUGCAGCAUAACUGUCAGUUACACAGGAUAUCCUUCUGUGCAGAUGACAAAACCGAUAAAAGAAUAUUCACUUUUAUCUGCAAAGACUCCGAAUCAAACAAACACCUGUGCUACGUGUUUGACAGUGAAAAGUGUGCGGAAGAGAUAACUCUAACCAUCGGCCAGGCCUUCGACCUCGCCUACAAGAAGUUUCUGGAGUCCGGAGGCAAAGACGUGGAAACGAGGAAACAGAUUGGAACCCUACAGAAAAGAAUCCAAGAACUGGAAACAGAAAACUCUGAGCUGAAGAAACAACUUCAAGAUCUGGAAGAGCAGCUGAUGAUUGCUCAUGAGCCACCACCGCUGCACAUAAACUCGUCUAAUGAGGCUUACAUGCUGCAGAGGCCGUCCUCUCUCUUCUGGUGUCACAGCAUCAAGUCGCUCUCGUGUCUGGAGAUCUCCUCCAUCACGCUCACUCCUAUGAGCUCGCCGGAGUCCAACUUAUCCUCUGGGUUACUAACUCCUCCACCUGCCAAACCUCCUCUCCUUCCUCCUAAACCUACCGAGGGAUGCAGCAUCCCGCGGCCUCGUGCUGGGAGUAUUUCCAUAAAACCUACGUCUACAGACGUUUUCGACAUGGUUCCCUUCUCCCCUGUGACACCGCUGGUACCCACACCAGCCAGCAACGGCUGCCCCCCACCCCCACCAACCACAUUACCACCAGAUAUACGGAAAGACCUGUUUGGUGCUGAGCCGUUUGAUCCAUUCACCUGCGGAUCAGCUGACUUCCCUCCAGACAUUCAGUCCAAGCUGGACGAGAUGCAGGUGAGCUCCGUUCUGGGUUCAAAAUGGGACUAACCUUAGAGGGCACCGUCUUCUCCCUGGACCCUCUCGACGGCCGCUGCUGAUGCCAAGAAGAUGCUCUUUGUCGCGUACUUUGAACUCGUUUGUAUGAAGAAGUGCCAAAAUCCACUCCACGGUCGAGUCAAGAUGUCACACUUUUCAUCUUGAGGUUUAUAUGCAUUUGCAUUUACAUCUGUUUUCUGAUAUUUCAAGGUAAAACUCAGAUCCAUUAUAGAAAAGAACUAUUUUUGUAAAAGAAACAAAACUUAUGGAAGGAUUAGUUUUGAGUACCUUUGCUUGAACAGGCAAUGAGGGAUGUAAAUAGUCGAAUAUGUCCAAUGGUACACAGAGUUUUCAUAUGAGACGGUUUGUGUGUCUGCAUCAUUUGAAACCUGUAUUGUUCAAACAUUCCUGUUUGUAUGGCGAUCACAAAGCUGGUGAAGAAGAGAAAAGGAAUAUGUUUCACUAACACAGCUUGACCAUAACACCACAUAUCUUAUUUUAAUCGACAUUAAUUCUCACAAUAUGUAGUUAAUCCAGCCUCAUCUUUUUUAGAGCUAACUCACAACCUUUGGUAUUGACAACGAGUUGUUUGUUCUAUUUUUGUAUCACAUGACGUUAAGUUGCCUUGUCAGUAUUUAGUAGUCAUAUUUUUUACAUUGUCAUCAUUUUAGCCUCCUUUGUUUUCUUGCACCAGAGGGCACUUUUGAUUGGACAGCUUCUGUCCAUACACAGUACUAUUCCCAUUAUUCUACUUUUGGUUGCAUUGACUUUGUUGUUACAGUUAUUAAACCGAUAUGUCCAGAAAAAAA